AUGACCGACAACGCAGCAAAUGAGGGAUUUUCGGCUGCGCACAAAGUCCUCUCUACUCCACUACUCCUAGAACGGAUCUUUACAUGGAUCUAUGAGGAUGUUUAUGGCUCCUGGCCAGUUCCCGAACGGCCUCAAAAGCCCCGAGAUGAGGACGAAGAAUACAAUUCUAGCGACUACAUCGAAAGAGGUGGGGUCCUGGCUCGCUGCGCUUUGGUCAGCAAACAGUGGUUCUACGAAGCCACCCGAAUCCUAUGGCGGGACUGGGAAGACAAAAUCUUUUUGCGUCCUAAGUUCGUAGAAACCUUUACGAAGAUGGAGCCGACGCGCCCACAGCUUUAUGCAGAUAUGAUUCAUCAUGCUGAACUAGCCGUUGUUGAAAAUCCUGAGCUAUUUUACACUGUCCAAACUACCUUCACGGACAUAACAUUUUCAAACCUCAAGAGCCUCUAUCUUUAUGUACCUGGAGAUGGUAGUGACAGGGCAGAGAUUCCUAUCUUCCACGCUCCACAAUUAACGAAGCUUUCCUUUGAUCCACAGUAUGACUGGCUUCCAGUUAGCUACUCUGUACAACAGGAUGAAUGGAAGGUGAUUUUUGACCUUAUCACGGAUCGCUUUCCCGAUCUUGAGAGUAUUAAGUUCGAGGAUUCAGCCAAGGUUUGGCCUGGCGAGCUUCAGAAACUCAAGGAUCGGCUUCCCCGUCUUAAACAUCUGGAUGCACAGAGUGUGGUGGAGAGUACAAGGAAAGGACGUGACGCUUGA